UUGUGUUAUAGAAGUAAACGACGUCGAUAACUUCACGCAGGUAUCACUUUCGCAUAAAACAAAUUUCUUAACUAUUGGUAAUUUUUAGAUCUACUGCUAAUUUAUAAGUUCUUGGCAGUGAUAGCAUUAAGUGAGAAUGAAGAUGGAAUUGUCAAGCAUUGGUUCCUCAACAGAGAGUACAAAGAUAACCGUAUUGCGUAUAAUGGAGCAAGUGAGACAUUUCCAAGAUCGCGCACAUAAAUUCAUUGAAGACAAUUACGUCGAUUUCCCAUGUAACCAAAACAUUUGUGACGUGUACAUUAACGAAGGUGAAUCUUUAAUUCGAGAGACUGAAAAUUUGCAGAAGAACAUAGGCAGUGAGGCUAGUAUGUCUCUGAACGAAGCUAACUUGGAACUUGUCCAUUAUUUAGAAAUACUUCGGGAGGUAUCAAUUGGACUCAAACUUUCCCAUCGUAUAUUAAAAAUUGACGACCUUUUUCAAUGUCUGGAUGAUUUAAAUGCUACGAAAGAAUAUCUACCGGCUUUAGAUUUGUUGGAAAAAUUAAAAAGUCUCAUAUGUAGCAGUAGCUUUUCUGAAAUUGAUUUGUUAUUUCAAAAGUGUGAAUGCUACGAUAAUAUCAAGGUCAAAUAUCACAUACAAGCUAAUAUUUUGCAACAAAAUUUACAGCAAAAAUUUGACCGUCUAGUUCAGUUUUCAGUAAAAGUCUAUCCUACUGCCAAAUAUAUAAACUUGCAGGUUUCAAAAAAUUUAGUCGAACUUCAAAGCACUGUAAAUGCUCUUUUUCAAGCUCGUUACAACCCAAUCAAGUUAUGCGAUUUUAUUUUCGAAAACUGCUUAAUACCUAUUAUAACUACACCGGUGUCAGUAGAGUAUUUCACACAAAAUGAAGAAUUUAAUCAAAUGAGUAUUUCAUAUUCGAUAAAGACACAUUGCAGUCUGAAACCAUCUUACAAGACCGUGCUGUCACACAUUGUUACCCUUUUUGAUUGUUUGGCCGCUAUCAAUGUACAAGUUUCGGAAUCAAAGUAUGUGUUUGGGAUAAUAGGGAAUCACAUAAAAGAGAAGUGUUUGAAUAUACUUGUUGAGAAAUGUCUUAUGCAUGCCAUUCCCGAAACAAUGGACGAAUAUGACAGAUCUACUGUUGUGAGUGAUAUCAAAAAGUUCGAGCAUGAACUGUCAAACAUAUUCUUUAUGGAUCCCAGCAAAGACAAGGCUUUGUCUAAUUUUGUUUCAAACUAUGAUACUUUGUUUCGGCGGCAAUUCUCUACAACAGUUCUUGAAAAUGUUCGAAGUAUUGUACAAAGGGAUUUGCAAGAUAUGACCGAAAUAACAGAGCAGAACAUAACUAACAUAUUAAAAAGCAAUUAUUUUCAAUUUCCUCAAUGCAUGGUAUCUAAAAGUACGUUGGACAUAUUAAAUCUAUUGGAACGGAUCUUACAUCAACCUCUUACGAUGGCUGAAGCUACAGAAAGUUCCGCCGUGAACUAUUAUUUAACAAUAAUUCCCACCAUUUUAAAUACAUAUGCUUUGGAAGCUCCAAAAUUACACGAAAAGUUAUUAGAAAGUAUUCCACAACAGUCAGCGGUUUUUCACAACAAUUGCAUGUUCCUUUCACAAUGGGUUGUAAAAAAUGCUAAGUUUGGAAUUCCUACACACGCUGCAUUAGUGAAAACCUUGCAAUCUACUGGUAUACGUAUUUUCAAGGCUCAGGAAGAGCAACAGAGGAAAAUUAUUUUGGAUAUACUGAAAAACUUAGAUAUUUCGGAUACACAUUCAAUUGGUUUAAAUCCUUUGAAACUUCUACGGCAAUGCUUACGCCAAUUGGAUCUGCUUAAAAACGUUUGGAUGGACGUUUUACCAGAAUCCGAAUAUUAUAACACAUUUUGCUCACUUAUGGACAUUUUUUGCCAGGACAUUAUUCGAAAUAUACUAUGUCUAGAAGAUAUAUCUACAACUGUGGCAAAUCAGUUAGGGGAGCUUAUUGAUACAAUAUUAAGGAAGGGUCCUUCCCUUUUUAAAGAAAAAAAUCAAGUCAUGCUAGUUCCAUCCUGGAUGAAGUUACAACAACUGCAAAUGAUACUUAGCGCAUCACUUCAAGAAAUCGCAGACCAAUGGUGUGAUGGUGCUGGAAUUUUAACAGUGAAUUUUAAAGCUGAAGAAAUUCGUCAUUUAAUUCGGGCCCUUUUCCAGAAUACUGACCGCCGUGCUAAGAUAUUAUCAAGGAUUGCAUAAGAAACGAAAAAAUGUAUGGAGUCUGUAGAUUACAUUUUUACAUUAGCAAAAUUCAAUUGCGAACAGUGUUUGCCGUUUUUUGACAGCUUCCUACGAAAUAAAACCAAGGAAAUUACUGAAGAAAUUUAUAA